AUGACACCAAACCCAUCCUUAGUUUUAAACAAGAUCAACGAUAUCACAUUUGAAUCAUAUGAUGCCCCAGAAAUCACCGAACCUACUGAUGUCAUAGUCGAGGUUAAAAAGACUGGUAUCUGCGGUUCAGAUAUUCACUACUACACACAUGGAGCAAUUGGAAACUUUGUUUUGAAAUCGCCAAUGGUUUUAGGUCAUGAAUCCUCAGGAGUUGUUUCUGCCGUUGGAAAAGGAGUUACUUCUUUAAAGGUUGGAGACAAGGUUGCAAUUGAACCAGGUGUGCCAUCUAGACUCAGUGACGAAUACAAAAGUGGACAUUACAAUUUAUGUCCCCACAUGGUUUUCGCUGCUACUCCUAACCCAGAAGAUGGAGGCGUUAAUCCUCCUGGUACUUUAUGUAAAUACUACAAAAGCCCUGAAGAUUUCUUGGUCAAAUUACCAGAUCAUGUUUCAUUAGAAUUAGGAGCAUUAGUCGAACCAUUGACUGUUGGUGUCCAUGCUGCAAAGUUGGGCUCCAUCAAAUUCGGUGACGCAGUUGUUGUAUUUGGUGCUGGUCCAGUUGGUUUAUUAGCUGCUGCAGUAGCUACUAAGUUUGGAGCAACCAAAGUCAUGGUGGUAGAUAUUUUCGAUUCAAAAUUGGAAAUGGCUAAAGAAAUUGGAGUUGCAACCCACACCUUUAAUCCUAAAUCUGGUAGUAACAAGGAUUUAAUUGCUGCAUUUGACAAUACUGAACCUUCUGUCGUAAUGGAAUGUAGUGGUGCAGAACCAUGCAUUAAAAGUUCGGUUGAUAUUUUGAGAGUUGGUGGACGCCAUAUUCAAAUUGGUAAUUGUGCUAAGCCCGUUUCUUUCCCAAUGACAGAGUUUAUUACUAAAGAAUUGACUUUAUUUGGGUCAUUUAGAUAUGGCUUCAAUGAUUACAAGACUAGUGUAGCUAUCUUGGAUGAAAACUAUAGAAAUGGUAAAGAAAACGCGGCUAUUGACUUUGAAAGCUUGAUCACCCAUAGAUUUAAAUUCGAUGAAGCUAUUGAUGCCUAUGACCUUGUUAAGGGAGGAAACGACUGUGUCAAGUGUAUCAUCAGUGGCCCAGAAUGA